AUGCUGGCGUCCGCCUUGCGAUUCACAGGCCUGAUUGCAAUCUUGGUAGGCAGUCUUGCGGAGGCUGAGAACACAACUUGCGCAGGGAAUGCACUGGAUUGGUACAGCGAUGCCGUCGGAGAGACGCCAUAUCAAGUUCCGACAUUCAGCAACACGGCACCUGGAGACAAGUGCAAUGAUCAGCUAACUGUCAGCAAGACACCAACGGGGGUAAUGUCAACGGAAUCGACGCGGGCAAUGGUGCAUACUACAAGUAUCUUGACGGCUGCGGUUCUGGCACAAAUGAAUCUCUUCCUGUGGCAAUACAGACGGCAGUCUGUAAUGAAGGGAUCAAACUUGACAACUUCCUCUACAAUUUGUUUUGGAACACCGGCGCCUGUACAUACACAAGAGAAGCUGCAGGACAGGAUCAGCAUCAUCGUCAACUUCUACCGCAUCUAUUCCAACAUUAUCGUCCACUUUGUCAUCGCCUACACCCGUUCAGUCAACAACCGGGAGCCCCGAUGGGUCUUCAAGCAGCGCUUCAUCCACUGUUACGAGCAGCAGAGCCAGCACAUCAACGGUAGUCGGCGGCAACGGAUCGCGGCUUUGCAGAUCGCCGUCCAGGGGCGGUCCUCCGCGCUACAAACAGCCUUUGUCAUACGCUACCAUCACGCAACCUCCACCAUCGGUCGAGCCCACCUUGACAUAUAUGCCGUCGACGAGAUCUCGUGUUACUCGCCCACCGUCCGGGAGACCACCGCCUCCGACGUAUCGCAGCUCUGA